ACGUCGCGAAAGGAUUCAUACUCAGUCGUCAAGCGUCCCGUUUACCUGUUACAUCUAGUGUUUCCCGCUUCGGAUCCCGCACCGGCGUGAUCGAUCACUCGACCUCGAUCCGACUCGAUAAAAAACGAGAUCUCGACACAUUCCCAGAUGCCGUCGCUGAGAACUUUUCGCGUCGAGUUUGAUCGGCCAGGUGCUACUUACGCGCCCGGCGAGCUAGUCACCGGCAACGUUAUCGUCGACCUGGUCAGGGAGAAAUCCAUCAGAGCACUGAAAUUGUCAGUUAAGGGAGAAGCUAAUGUUAGCUGGAAGAGAUCAAGAACUGUCAACGAUUCAAAAUCUCGCAAUCGCACCCAGGUUGAUCAUCUCCGAGCAAACGAGCAAUAUUUCAACCUGACUUAUUAUCUGUUCGCGAACACAACAGGUGAUGGCGAAGUGCGGAUGCCAGCAGGGUUUCAUAAAUACCCUUUUAAUUUUUCACUACCCUAUAACAUACCAUGUAGCUUGGAACAUCUAAACGGUCACAUCAGAUAUACGACGAAAGCGAUUAUUGAUAGACCAUGGAGAUUCAAUCACGAGUGCAAGAUCGCAUUUACCGUCGUCGCAUCUUACGAUUUGAACGCUCAUAGUCAACAAUGUCUCGGCGUAGACGACGAAACGAGUGAAAAAUUCUAUAAUCUCUGCUGUUGCAACAUAGGCACGAUAAACGCGCGUAUUAAAAUACCGACAACGGGAUUCGUUCCAGGACAGUCGAUAGAUACGACGAUCAAUUUGAAUAAUAUCAGCACUAUCAAUGUGAGAAAGAUCUGCGUCAAACUGGAACGAUCUUUGGAAUUCCAUGCAAAAACGCCGUAUACUUCGACUAAAAAGGAUAAAGCGGUCGUAAAGGCUGAUGAAAAUAUAGGACCGUUUGACCAACAAGUCGACGUUGUGUCACGAUUACAAGUUCCACCGAUACCACCAUCCCAAUUGGAAUUUUGCAGCAUAAUAGAUCAGAAAUAUACGUUAUGCAUUACAAUUCACGUUUCAGGAAUGCAUUGCAACAUCACCAAGACUUAUCCGAUUUUGAUCGGGACAAUCCCACUGUGCCCAAUAAUUUCAUCUGUACCUUAUACACAAACCAUACAGCCUACAGCUCCUAUGAUGCAAUACAAUGACCCGCCCCCGCCAAUGCCGAUGUCUCCAGACUAUGCUCCACCAAAUUUGCCUUACCCAGGACCUGAACCCAUAGAUUUUAUCUCUGCAGAUCAACCUAGCACUUCGGUUAACCAAUGGGAUAUACCGCCGCCAUCAUAUGAAGAAUGUAUACAAAGAGCGGAUAGUAUUAAAGAUCACGAUGAAUCUAAUUACGUGCACGGUGCUAACGAGCCUUUCGCACCAAGAUAUCCAGUCUUUAAUUUUCCCACGCCUUAUCCACCUGGAAAAUAAGAUGAAAUAUCCAUUCGAAAAAUAAGCAUAGAUAAAGCGGAGAGAGGAAUAUACCUCAUACCACCGACAAAGUUUUUUCUAUUUGACGCGCUUGCCGCAUAAUACACAAUCAAGCAUGCUAGAAAAAUGCAAACUCUGUGAUCACUACCUAAUAAUAUAUUCAAAUAUUAGUUGUUUUUACGUAUAAAUUGUGACCAUGUAUAUUUUUAUACUUUAUAACAUACUCUAUUUACGAUUAUGAAUGUAUCACGUUUUACGAAUAAAUAAUACGUAUUAUGUAUAA